AUGACAGCCCAUCAACCACCUCCCCUCGCGGACAUCUGCGUACUCGAAUUCGCAGGCCUAGCACCCGGCCCCUUCGCCGGCAUGCUCCUAGCCGACUACGGCGCCACAGUCCUCCGCCUCGACCGCGCCCCCGCGGCACCUACAUCGGACCAGCUCACGCGCCGCAAAACCUCGAUAUGCGUGAACCUAAAGUCGCCUGCGGGCCUCGCCCUCAUUAAAAAACUUAUCCCCAAAGUCGACGUAAUCAUCGACCCCUUCCGCCCCGGCGUGCUCGAAAAAGCCGGCCUAGACCCCGAAACCGUGCUCUUGAAGCUCAAUCCCCGCCUCAUCGUAGCGCGCAUGACGGGCUUCCGACGCGACGGUAAAUACAGCAAAAUGGCAGGUCACGAUAUAAACUACAUUGCUGUGUCAGGCGUGCUAUCGAUGUUUGGGCGGAAGGGCGAGAAGCCGUAUCCGCCGGGCAAUGUGGUUGGAGAUUUUGCGGGCGGUGGUGCCAUGUGUGUACUGGGUAUCUUGCUUGCGCUGCUUGCGCGCGAACGCAGUGGGUUUGGACAGGUAGUGGAGGCGAAUAUGGUGGAUGGGAGUGCCAUAUUAGCGACGAUGCCGCGGUUGGGGACUAAAACGGCGGUUUGGAAGGGUGAACGCGGGACGAAUAUGUUGGAUGGUGGGGCGCCGUUUUAUGAUACUUAUGAGACUAAGGAUGGGGGGUACAUGGCUGUUGGGGCGAUUGAACCACAGUUUUGGGCUGCGCUGCUGAGGGGGAUGGGGUUGAAGGCUGAGGAUUUACCGGGGAGUAGGGAGGAUAAGGCGGAUUGGCCGCGGUUGAAAGAGUUUUUUGCGAGCGAGUUUAGGAAGAGGACGAGGGGAGAGUGGGAGGAGGUUUUUGAUGGGACGGAUGCUUGUUGUACACCUGUGUUUACCCAGGCGGACUUGGAGAGCCAGGGGUUCGAUCAGAGACCGGCUGUUACGCUCAAGUCGAGUCCUGGGUAUGCUAUUCAUGAGGGUGAUUAUGAGAGAGAGGCGGCGGUGGGACAGGGGAUUGGAUGGGAAGGUGGCGGAUGGAGUGAGAAGGGACUUGAGCCGGGUAACGGAGGAGAGGAGACGCUGAGUAUAUGGAUGGGGUGGACUAAGGGGAGGCAGUAUGUUGAGCAAGAUGGUGGCCUGGUGUGGAAGGAUACGGCGAAGUUGUAG